AUGGAGACGUCAAGGAUUUUCGUCAAAAACUUGCCGCCGACCAUCUCGGAGGCUGACUUCCGCAAACACUUCUCGGCCCAAGGUCGCGAGGUGACGGAUGUCAAGCUAAUCCCCAACCGCCGCAUUGGGUUUGUUGGCUACAAGUCGCCCGAUGACGCUGCAAAGGCGGUCAAGUACUUCAACAGAUCCUUUAUUCGCAUGUCCAGGAUCGCGGUUGACCUGGCAAAACCGAUUGCAGACUCGACCCCAAGGUUGGCUGCGAAGGACACCCCGCGCCAUGGCGUGUCCAAGGCUCCCAAACCCGAGCCUAGUGCUCGCGGGGUAGAUCAGGCCGAGGAGGAGAAGCCCAAGAAGAGAAAGCGGGAAACGCUUGACGAAGCUGACCCAAAACUGCAGGAGUACCUGGAGGUCAUGGGCCAUCCCACGAAGAAGUCGAGAGAUGAAGAGGCCCUCAAUGGCGACUUGGAGUCAGAGUUGGCAUCCGCGGUGGCCCCUGCUGUGUUGGAAGCCGGCGAAAGUGACGACGAGUAUGAGGAUAUCCCGGCGCGCCGCCAGAACGAGCCGGUCCAAGGGAGUCUUGCUCCUAUCGGCGUCACACCCGCCCCUGUGGCGGAUGGCGAAACCCCUGCAAUCGCCCUCCCAAGCGAAACUGCAAGGGAAGCGCCGCAGGUGUUAGCAGAUGCAACAGACGAGGACUGGCUCCGGUCAAGGACAAACCGUCUUCUCGACCUAGUGGACCCCAGUGACCCUGGGUUUUUUACACACCCAUCUCGACCCACCCCCGCGGCCGCACCUGUAUCCGCGCGGCAAGAGGCCCCACCUGACACAACUGCGGCCGAUGUUGGGAAACCGAGUAAAGAAUCCGGUGCCCAUGCCGAGGCUGCUGAAGACUCCACCACGCUUGUUGAGAAGACCUGCAGGCUCUUCUUGCGGAAUCUCAGUUAUACCGUCACAGAGGACGACAUCAGGGAGCAUUUCGGCAAGUUCGGACGUCUCGAGGAGGUGAAUCUCCCGUUGGAUAGCAAGGGCAAGACGAAGGGGUUUGCUAUGGUUCAAUACGAAAAACCGUCCGCAGCGGUCGCCGCAUUCCAGACGGAUGGCUCAAUAUUUCAGGGGCGAAUAUUGCACAUUCUCCCUGCCGCCGCCAAACGGGAGAACAAGCUCGACGAAUUUGCAAUUUCCAAGCUGCCACUCAAGAAGCAGCAACUUCUCAGGAAAAAGGCCGAGGCCGCGUCCAGCGCGUUCAACUGGAAUUCACUCUUCAUGAGCCAAGACGCCGUCAACACUGCCGUGGCGGAACGUCUCGGCGUGUCAAAGCAUGAGCUCUUGGAUCCCACAGACGCGUCUGCUGCCGUGAAACAGGCAAUCGCGGAAACUACCGUGAUACAGGAAGCCAAGGCCUACUUCGCAGCCCACGGGGUGAAUAUCGAAGCAUUCAAGUCGCAGCAAAGAGGUGACACCUCGAUACUCGUGAAGAAUAUCCGAGAUGCCUCGAUCGAAGAACUGAGGGCACUGUUCGAGGAACACGGCUCGGUGCUCAGGGUGCUGAUGCCACCAAGUGGCACCAUUGCAAUUGUCCAAUUUUCGCAGCCAGCAGCAUGCCGUGCUGCCUUCGCCAAGAAGGCUUACUCGCGGUUUAAGGACUCGGUUCUGUUCCUGGAAAAAGGCCCGAAAGGCCUGUUCGUUGAGAAUGCAGCUGCCCCCGACGAUCGCCCUGCUGGAGUGCAAAAGCCAUCCGUUGCCGACUUGCUGGAACGCGAUGACACCGAGGAUCAGCUCGAGACUGCCUCCCUAUUCGUCCGCAACCUGAACUUCUCUACUACUACCGAGGGGCUGACCAAUGCCUUCAAGUCCCUGGACGGGUUUGUGAGUGCUAAGGUCAAGACCAAGACGGAUCCCAAGAGGCCGGGUCAGGUGCUCAGCAUGGGCUUCGGCUUUUGUGCGUUCAGGACCAAGGAGCAGGCCCAGGCGGCCCUCAAGGUCAUGGACGGCUAUGUGCUUGAUGGCCACAAGCUCCUUGUCAAGGCAUCGCACAGGGGUCACGACGCGGCAGAGGAGCGCAGGCGGGAGGACCUUGCCAAGAAGGCGGCGGCGCAGCGGACAAAGAUUGUGAUUAAGAAUCUUCCAUUCGAAGCUUCUAAGAAAGACGUGCGCGCUUUGUUUAGCACAUAUGGCAAACUCGUCGCGCUUCGCCUCCCCAAAAAGUUCAACCAGACAUCGCGGGGCUUUGCUUUUGCCGAGUUUGCAACAGCAAAAGAGGCGCUCAAUGCGCUUACUGCACUGAAGGAUACCCACCUUCUGGGACGCCGGCUUGUGCUUGACUUCGCCGAGGCCGACGAGGUCGAUCCAGAAGAGCAGAUCAAGGCUAUGGAGAAGAAGAUCCGGGGACAGGUCAACAAGGUCACCCUGCAACAGUUGACAGGGGAAGGGAGGAGAAAGCCUCGCGCCUUACGCUUUGCGGACCCUUUACGUCUCCUCGAUGCUCCGCACCAACCGAAGAAGAUGCGCAGGUUUUCACGGGGCCGUCUCUUUAGACUCUACGACCUGGAUGCCCUUGCGUUCCAGUUGGCGCGCGCCCAUGUUGGAUUCUUCGCGAGAAGGGCUGGACCAACAACCCUGCUUGGCACCGACCGGGCUGUCGCCCUGGCAAUGGAGCUCCCAGUCAGCCUCGCAGUCCUCCCGCCGCACUGCUAUUCACCGUCACCAGACCAUCAUGUGUUUGAGGGCCGGCGCGGAGUGUCGGGUUCGAGGCAGCCACUCCAGGAGUCGACAGGCAACAUCCAGCACCCUCACCCUCACCGCAUGGCCUGGUUUGCCCAGCAACUGGAAGCCCUCUCGUCCGUACCACCACCGUCGCUACCGUCGCUACCGUCAUCCACGUUGGCACCACCCGUCUUGCGAACACAGUCGUCCUUAGGUCCAAAAUAUGGUGUCACACCGGCGUACGCCAGGUCCCAGCAGCAGCAGCAGCAGCAGCAGCAGCAGCAGCGACACGACCUUGACCACCUGCAUCUGCAUGCGCAUGGCUGGCGGCGGCUGCAGCAGGAUCUCAACCCGCUGAUGCCCCUGCUGACCCAGGCCUUCCAGAACUACCGCAAGAAGCAGAAAGGCAAACCGGACUCGGACCAGAAAUGGCCCGACGUGCUGGAAGGGCCCUUCCUCGACGGUUCGUGGCAAACACCGAUGAGGCGCAAAAAAUACACCAUGAAGCAAACACAGUACGGCCGCAACAUGCUGAUUGGCGAAUAUCUCUGGAUUGCAUACUGCCAAAGCCUGCCCCCCGGCGCCGAACCGGACCCGCAGAUGAUGAGAGAGCGGAAGAUGGUGUCGAGCCACAUCCAGGUGCUCAAGAACUUCCUCUCGAACCAUCGAUGUUUCCACUUUUUCUUCCUCCCAAAGCAGGAGGACAAGAGAGCGGCAGACAACGUCGAGACGGUGUCGCUCAAAAACAACCCGGUCUUGAUCGCCUUGUCCGAGGGCCGCCUCCCGGUCGAGCGGCCCAACUACGAGUAUUUUGCCCAGAUUCUCUCGCUCAACGAGCAGGUGCAGUUUAGGCCGCGGCGCUGCUGGAUCUUUGUGUCGCAUGAGGAUGUGGUGGUCGGCGAAGACGGAAUCGGGCAUUUGCCGGCGACUGGGGGCAAACUCGGCCAGAGCGAGUAUCCGCACCUCCCGCGCAACCUUGAGCGGGACACGUGGGCCAAGGAGGAGCAGCAGUUCUUCAAGGGAUCGCUGCUCCACGAGUUCACCAAGGAACUGCACCAGGUUGAGUCCAGCAGCGUCCGCGAGCUGAGCAAGGAGUGGGAGUCGACGUUUCCGGACCUGCACCAGCGGCUGGAGGUGAUCGCAUCAACGACCACCGAUGCGCGGUGCGACGUGCUGCAUAUGCACGCCACGCUCGAGCUGAAGGAGAAGAGCCGCUUCCCCAGCGGGUCCAACCUCAGCUCGUGGGUCGAGAUCAACGUCGAGCAGCCGCGCCUGCUCAAUCACCGAUGGAAAGUGGAGACGCGCCUUGUGAGACCACCGGAGCUGGGCUAUCCGCAUGGAGAGUUCAAGUCCGAUCCGGCUCCGAAGGUAAUCUACGAGUCGUCCAAGAGGGAGUUCACUAUUCCCUAUCAACACCGGCCCGGCUGCGAUGGCCCGCGCAACGACGGCCGCGGGGCACCGUGCAACUGUCUCGCACAGCACUGUCGCCGAGACGGCGUCACGGUUCCGUUCCCGGUCCCGUUCCCCGCGGACGUCUGGGCGCAAACGUUGACCAGCUGCGCCGAAUACCCGGCUCACAAUUUCAGCAGCAUCAAGAAGCAUGACCGGGACCAGGGCGCCGGCACGCGAACGGGAGAUGACCGAGAUGGCCCAAGAUCCCGUCGCCGCACUAAGCAGCCCACACAGAUGGACCUGGUCCCCAAGAUCGCCAUGAUGCAGGAGAUCUUCUCCUGCCCUCCUGCAUCCUCCGGCCGUGAAGAGGGCGGCGACUCCGGGAGCCAGAAGUGGACGCGCCGCGCUGUGAUCCUCUGGACCUUUCAGACUAUUCACAGCAUUGACGCAGAAGGGAGACCGGCCACGGCACCCUGCGGGAGGACCAAUUGGCGCUUCCUGACUAUCCUCGACCCCGCCAGCGACUCCCAUCAGCGGCACGCCAUCGUCCGUGGCCACAAGGCUUCUGCCGAUGGGCGCCGAGAGGCUUCCUGUGCUUCGCCGCGGCCUGUAUCUCGUGAGGCCAUCAUGUCUCCCGAUCCAACCUACCAGCAGCACCUAAGCGCGAGCAUGAGCGAGAACUUCGCGUCGGCAUUGGAUAGCCCAGGCGGGCUCGGCCCGCUGUCCGGCUCGGGCGAACACGCUGCCUAUAGCGCCCACUUCAUGCACCAAAUGGUAGCAUCCCAUAACACGGCAACGCAAGCCGCGUACGGGCUUCUCGACAGCUUCAGCAGCCACAGCGGGCUCACCACGCCGCCUCCGACCGCCUCGCUGGCCAGCUCCUUUGCGCCAGCUUUCGAUGCUUGCUCGGCAGCGUCUGAUAUCCUGCCUAAUUACAUGACCACGCAUGUGGCGGUUACGACGGCUGGCAUGGAUGCCAGUUCGCACGCGUUGGCUGGUGCCUUCUCAGCCGUGACCGACCCGUUCCUAUCCCACGUCGGAGCCACGUAUGGUGAGGCGCACGACGGCACUCACGGCUACGGUCAUGGUAUCGGAGGCGGCUUGGACUCCGGUGCCCCUUGGUCGUCCGGAGGAUAUUCCGCCUCCAGCGGAGCCCACCCGCACAGGGGCCUCAUGAGCUGGGCACCCGGGCCACAGCCACGUUCCAUCUCCUCCCGUGGGGACAGCGGGCAGCAGUACCACCAGCGCCAACAUCGUCAGCCGCACCCUCGGCCCCAGCAAACUUGGGCACCUUCGACCGCCGCCGCCAACAACAACAUCGGCGAUCACGACUCCUCCUGGGCGACAAUCGCGACAACCUCACCGGAUAUCCCGGGAGGAGAACGCUCGCGGUCGGACGCAGAUGAGGAUGGGCUUGGGGAGGAUGCUGAUGCUGGAGAUUGCGAGGAUGGUGAUGGGCAUCGCCGUUUGAGGGUGAGGACUUCCUUGGGUUGA